AUGGUAUCCACGGUCGGCCUCAAGAAGAUCCAAGCAGCCAGCGGAUUGGUGAUGGGCCUCUAUGUAGCUCUGCAUCUCUUCAACCACUAUAAGCUAAAUGCAAGCUACGAGCAAGCAGACGCAAUGAUGAUGAGCCUGCGCAAGUUUUAUCGACAUCCAAUCUACGAAAUUUCGUUUGUAGCGGCUCUUCUGACUCACUUCUACACGAACUGCGUGCUUUACACCAAGCGAAGCAAGGUCGAAGCUGCGGCUCAAAGCAAGAGCGAUGGAAACAAGAAGUCUGUCGCUGGUUCUUUGGAGCUCAAGGCCCAUCGCAUUGCUGGAUACACCUUGUCCGUGUUGGUAUUGGUCCACGCUGGCGCAACUCGCAUCACGCCACUGCUCUAUUUCGACGACCCCAAUGUGUUCGAUUAUUCCUUUGGAGCACUGGUCAUACCUCUGGUACCGUUCAACCUAUUUUCUGUCUACUAUAUGAUCCUUGGGAUUGCCGGUGGUUGGCACUUGCUCUAUGGUACACGUGCUGCCAUAGCGACGCUAUCAGGCACAUCGGUGGUUGGGACCGAGUUUCCUAUGCUUCUCAAGUCUGUUGCCAUGAUGAAUCAUAUUCUCAUAGUUGGGGCCGUGGCCGCAAUGGGAAAAUAUGCAGUGCAACACGAUUGGUCAGAUAAGAAGGAGAUGCAUGACAGAUUUCUUGAAGUAAUGGGCAUGUAA